AAGGUUUAUUUAGGGGAAGAUGGGACGGCUUUGUCACGGAAAAGGUGGUGGGGCAGACCCAAUGUCACGCAAGCAACGCUGGAGAGCAAGUUUACGAUGAUGGGACCGAGAUUAGGGACGGGGACGCACGCAGAGGCAGCCAUGAGCCCUCCACGCCGAUCAUCGAGUUCCCAUAGCGACAGGCCCUCUACCGAGACCCUGCAGAGGAACAACAGCAGCAACUCUGGAGUUAUUUUGGACAUCUCUGCUCUUAAGAUGGCUGAAGUGGAUACCGAAGUGCCUCCCCUUCCACCUCGCUACCGCUUCAGAGACCUCCUGCUGGGGGACCAGACAUUUCAGAAUGAUGACAGGGUGCAGGUGGAGUUCUACGUGAAUGAAAACACCUUCAAGGAGAGGCUGAAGCUUUUCUUCAUCAAAAAUCAAAGGUCAAGCUUGAGGAUCCGGCUGUUCAACUUUUCCUUGAAGAUCCUCACCUGUGUCCUCUACAUAGUGAGAGUCAGUCUGGACGACCCCAAGGAGACCAAUGGAAACCCAUGUGCAAUCAUUCGCAACUCCAGCUGGCCAAAUUCAGCAGCAGAGUCACCAGAAAUCAAAUGGAAGUUGAUUUUCUGGGUUACCAGACCUGAUCCAUUGUGGGGAAUACAGGUGACAGUGGCUUUAAUCAGUUUUCUGGAGACCAUGCUGAUCACAUAUCUCAGCUACAAGGGCAACAUUUGGGAGCAGAUAUUCCAAAUAUCCUUCAUAUUGGAGAUGAUCAACUCAGUGCCAUUUAUUAUCACAAUCUUCUGGCCUCCUUUACGAAACAUUUUUGUUCCAGUUUUUCUGAACUGCUGGCUAGCCAAAGGGGCGCUGGAAAACAUGAUUAAUGACUUUCACCGCGCCAUUCAGAGGACGCACUCGGCCAUGUUCAACCAGGUGUUCAUCCUCAUCUGCACUUUACUAUGUCUGGUUUUCACCGGCGCUUGUGGCAUCCAGCACCUGGAGAGAGCUGGGAAAAACCUGACUCUGUUUGACUCCUUUUACUUCUGCAUCGUGACCUUCUCCACCGUGGGCUACGGAGAUGUGACGCCACAGAUUUGGCCUUCGCAGUUGCUGGUGGUCAUCCUCAUCUGUGUGGCCCUGGUGGUGCUCCCGCUGCAGUUUGAAGAGCUUGCAUACCUGUGGAUGGAGAGCCAGAAAUUAGGCGGGAACUACAGUCGCCACCGAGCACAGACGGAGAAGCACGUGGUGCUAUGUGUCAGCUCGUUGAAGAUAGAUCUGCUGAUGGAUUUCCUCAAUGAGUUCUAUGCCCACCCCAGGUUACAGGAUUAUUAUGUGGUGAUUCUUUGCCCAACUGAUAUCGACAUUCAGGUUCGCCGCAUCCUCCAGAUACCUUUAUGGUCCCAGAGGGUCAUCUACCUUCAAGGCUCCGCACUCAAAGACCAGGACCUGAUGAGAGCCAAAAUGGACGAUGCCGAGGCGUGUUUCAUCCUCAGCAGCAGGAACGAGGGUGACCGAACCGCCGCAGAUCAUCAGACUAUUUUGAGGGCUUGGGCAGCAAAGGACUUUGCUCCUAACUGUCCGCUCUAUGUGCAGAUUCUCAAACCCGAAAACAAAUUCCAUGUUAAAUUUGCUGAUCAUGUCGUAUGUGAAGAGGAGUUCAAGUACGCCAUGCUUGCACUGAACUGCGUGUGUCCGGCCAUGUCCACCUUAGUCACGCUCCUCGUUCACACGUCCAGAGGACAGGAAGGGCAGUUGUCACCGGAGCAGUGGCAAAGGAUGUACGGGCGCUGCUCUGGAAAUGAGGUCUACCACAUCCGCUUGUGUGACAGCAAAUUUUUCGGGGAGUAUGAUGGCAAGAGCUUCACUUACGCCUCCUUCCAUGCUCAUAAGAAGUACGGCGUGUGCCUGAUCGGCGUCAAGCGGGAGGACAACAAGAGCAUCCUGUUGAACCCCGGCCCGCGUCACAUCAUGGCCGCUACCGACACCUGCUACUACAUCAACAUCACCAAGGAGGAGAACUCGGCCUUCAUCUUCAAACAGGAGGAGAAGCACAACAAGAGCUUGUCCGUGUCCGGUCUUUACGACGCCCCCUCCAGGCUGCCCGUGCACAGCAUCAUUGCCAGCAUGGGCACCGUAGCGAUCGACCUGCAGAACCCGGAUCCCCCCGAAGAAACCACCAAGCUGACCUUACCGACAGAGAACGGCGCCGGAAGCCGCCGGCCAAGCAUCGCGCCCGUCCUCGAGAUCGCGGACUCCUCGGCCAUUCUGCCGUGCGACCUCCUCAGCGACCAGUCCGAGGACGAGACCAACCAAUCGGACGAGGAGGGCUCCGUCGGGUCCGAUUUUGUGAAGGGCUACCCUCCCAACUCACCCUAUAUCGGUAGCUCUCCAACGCUGUGCCACCUCCUUCCGCAGAAAGCUCCAUUUUGCUGCCUGCGCCUUGACAAGGGCUGUACACACAACAGCUUUGAAGACGCCAAAGCGUACGGGUUCAAGAAUAAGCUGAUUAUCGUGUCUGCUGAGACGGCGGGAAACGGUUUGUACAACUUCAUCGUGCCCCUGCGAGCGUACUACCGACCCCGAAAGGAGCUCAACCCCAUUGUGCUUCUGCUGGACUACCCGCCAGACAACCACUUCUUAGAGGCCAUUUGCUGCUUCCCGAUGGUCUACUUCAUGGCCGGCACCAUCGAUAACUUGGACAACCUGCUGCAGUGUGGAAUCAUCUACGCCGACAACUUGGUGGUCGUGGACAAGGAGAGCACCAUGAGUGCCGAGGAAGACUACAUGGCCGAUGCAAAGACCAUCGUCAAUGUCCAAACUAUGUUCAGACUGUUCCCGAGCCUCAGCAUCAUCACCGAGCUGACCCAUCCGUCCAAUAUGAGGUUCAUGCAGUUCAGAGCCAAGGACUGCUACUCCCUCGCUCUGUCAAAACUGGAGAAGGUGAGCAAGACACAUAGUAACAGGACCACAAAAAGAAAUUCCGACACACUUUAGUAUAAUCUAAUUUUGGCCUUUUCUUUUCCGAUAGAACGAGAUAAGGGCUCCAAUCUGGCAUUCAUGUUCCGGUUGCCAUUUGCAGCAGGAAGAGUGUUCAGUAUCAGCAUGCUGGAUACGCUUUUAUACCAGUCAUUUGUGAAGGACUACAUGAUAGUGAUCGCGAGGCUUCUUCUCGGUCUGGACACGACACCGGGUUCCGGGUAUCUGUGCGUUAUGAAAGUCACAGAGGAGGAUCUGUGGAUCAGAACGUACGGCAGACUCUUCCAAAAACUCUGUUCCUCCAGCGCCGAGAUCCCCAUCGGGAUCUACCGCACCGAGUCGCACAUGUUCUCCACAUCUGAGUCUCAGGUGUCCAUCAACGUGGAGCAGGGCGAGGAGCACCGCGACCGCAAGGAGUCGUGGAAGGAGAAAACGGCGCACCGGAACUCCAGCGCCAGCGAGCAGUCGGAGCACCCGCUGCUGAGGAAGAAGAGCAUGCAGUGGGCGCGGCGCCUGAGCCGGAAGAACACCAACAAGCCCUCCAGCCGGGCCGAGCGCAUCUCGCAGCAGCGCCUCAACCUGUACCGCCGCUCUGAGCGUCAGGAGCUGUCCGAGCUGGUCAAGAACCGCAUGAAGCACCUGGGCCUGCCCACCGUUGGAUACGACGAGAUGAACGACCACCAGAACACGCUGUCCUACGUCCUCAUCAACCCUCCCCCGGACACCAUGCUGGAGCUCAACGACAUCGUGUACAUCAUCCGGUCUGACCCGCUGGCCCACAUGCCCGAGGAGUCCCAAGUGGCUCAGAGUCGGAGCACCCGGAACCAAAUGCACUUUGUCACAGAAACCCAAGAUGAGACGCACCUAUGAGCCCCCCCUCCCUCAAACACACACACAGCAGCCUGGUGUUUUUGCUGUGCAUUUCCAACGGGCCGCCGCUGCGAGAGGACGUGCAUGAAGAGCGCAUCAUCAUCGUCACGUGUCCAUAACACACCUCACAUAGCUAGCUAACGCUGGAGGGGAGCAGCAGCGGUGGGGCAACCGAGGGCUUGUGGGAAAUCUAAUCCGGCCCACCGUGCUAUUCUUAAAAACAAAUAAAACCUCAG